GCGCGAACGUCAGUCGCAAUCUACCUGUGCUUGGUGGGAUCGAUUUCACAAACAAUCAAACAGGAUCUUCAGUUUUCUAGAUCAUUCAUUUUCUACGUGAAAGAAACAGACAGUAAGAGUGUUUAUUGUUUCAUCAUUUCCCACUACAAUAUGAUCAGCUGUUCUUGUUAAAUUUCGUCGUAAAACUCGAAUCACCAAUGGGAAUCCAGCAUUCGAAGGAUAUGCGUACUGGAGUACGUAGCUGCAAAAUGCUCCAAGGCACUACUCAUUUAGUCAGUGACACUAAAUCUUUAACGAUGUCGAGUCUUCAAAGGGAUCAACUCGGCCAGCGGGGACAUGGCGAUGUCGUGCCUUCCAACUUGUUACGUGGUCUUGACCAUCUGAAAAAUCCCCAACUGAACAAGGGAAUGGCCUUCACUCUUGAGGAGAGGCAGACAUUGGGUAUUCAUGGUUUAUUGCCAGCAGCGGUGAAAACUCAAGAAGAACAACUAGAACUCUGUCGUUUGAAUCUGGAUCGUUACGAGAAUGAUUUGUCAAAGUACAUAUACCUCAUAGGUUUACUGGAUAGAAAUGAAAAACUUUUCUACCGUCUGUUGGGAGACAAUGUAGAGAAGAUGAUGCCGCUGGUGUACACGCCGACAGUGGGUUUAGCCUGUCAGAAAUUCGGUUUAAUUUAUAGAAGACCACGAGGUCUGUUCAUAAGCAUACAUGACAAAGGCCAUGUAUAUGACGUUAUAUGCAAUUGGCCUGAACACGAUGUACGAGCCAUCGUUGUUACCGAUGGUGAAAGAAUAUUGGGCCUGGGUGACUUAGGAGCCUAUGGUAUGGGCAUACCAGUUGGAAAAUUAUCUUUGUAUACCGCCCUGGCUGGAAUCAAACCUAGUCAGUGCUUACCAAUUACCUUGGAUGUUGGUACGAACACUCAGACUCUAUUAGAAGAUCCUCUCUACAUUGGCCACAAGCAUAAACGUGUCACUGGUCAGGAAUAUGACGAAUUUCUGGACGAGUUUAUGCAGGCUGUCGUCAAAAGAUACGGACAGAACACUUUAAUUCAGUUUGAAGAUUUCGGAAACGCCAAUGCGUUCAGGCUGCUCAGUAAAUAUCGCGAUCACUAUUGCACUUUUAACGAUGAUAUCCAAGGAACUGCUUCAGUCGCUGUGGCUGGUUUGCUGGCAUCUCUUCGUGUGACGAAUACAAAGCUGUCGCAGAACACGAUUGUCUUUCAAGGUGCUGGAGAGGCUUCGUUGGGUAUUGCGUGGUUGUGCGUGAUGGCCAUGCAGAAAGAAGGUGUCAGCGAGGAAGAAGCCAAGAGCAAGAUCUGGAUGGUCGACUCGAAAGGAUUAAUUGUCAAGGAUCGUCCAAGCGGUGGAUUAACAGAACACAAACUGCGCUUUGCCCGUGAUCACGCGCCGGUAAACACGUUGCUGGAAGUUGUGAAAGUGGCGAAACCAACGGUGCUCAUUGGUGCCGCGGCAGUUGGCGGUGCGUUCACCACCGAGAUACUGGUGGAAAUGGCAAAUAACAAUGAGAAGCCUGUAAUCUUUGCUCUUAGCAACCCAACAAGCAAGGCAGAAUGUACUGCCGAGCAAGCGUAUACCGCUACAAAGGGUAAAUGCAUAUUCGCCAGUGGUUCGCCAUUCCCGCCGGUAACGUACAAUGGAAAGACCUUCUAUCCUGGCCAGGGAAAUAACAGUUACAUCUUCCCUGGAGUAGCGUUGGGCGUAAUAUGCUGCGGUAUGCGCACCAUUCCUGAAGAUACAUUCCUCGUUGCUGCCAAGACGUUGGCCGACAUGGUUUCCGAAGAUGACCUGGAGAAAGGAAACUUGUAUCCACCGCUGCAAGAUAUUAAGAAAUGUUCUUUGACGAUAGCCAGUGAGGUGAUGGAGUAUGGUUACGACACUGGUCUUGCUACGGUUCAUCCUCAGCCUAAAGACUAUAAAGAAUUCAUUACGGCGCAGUUGUACGAUACAAGUUACAAAUCAUCGGUUCCUCCAGUGUAUCCGUGGCCUAAAUUGUAAUUCUUGUAAUUCUUGUAAUUCAAAUUGAAAAUCCGUCAUCGUCACUUUAUAUGCAAAUUUAUUUCGAUGAAAUUUGACUAAAUUGGUUCUGCAGAUGUGCACGAGGUUCUUUUUUUUUUUUUUAUUCGGCAUGGUGUUGUGAGAGCCUGUUGAGCAGGCUCGUAUGUAAUAGCUUUUUAUGUUUUCCGUGCGUAUGUAUGAGCAAUAUGUAUGAAUGUGUGUUGUAAAAAAAUAUCUCAUAGAUGUUAGAUAUUGUAUACAAUGUAUCCGACCAACUUAAAUUAUUGGGAUGAAGUGUUUGAUUCACUUGGUUCGAAAAAUAAAUUUCAAAUAAUUAUUUGAAA